AUGUCCUCGACCACACCCAGACUUGUCGCCGACGGGCUCUGGCAUUGCCUCUGUCCAUCAUACACCUCCGCGCCGCUACUGUCCACUCGUCAUGCCUUGAUCCGCCGCCGCCGACCAGCGCUACAAUGCGCCGCUACUCGUACACGACCCCCAGCAGUGCCACGCUACAACUCCACCGUCUCACCUGUCCGCUUCAGCGAAAAUAUCCAUGUUCCGCCCAGGUCGCAAGAGAGUGGUCGUCCGGCUACCAAUGCCUUUGUACCCUUGGAUGAGCAAAGAUAUUCAAAGGGCCACGAUACCACCAUGAGGACAAUAGUCCGGCCCAAAGCAACCAUCAAGAAGGAAGAAUUCUAUCUAUACAGCACACCGGACUUGUAUGAGUUGGCACAUGCUGCUGCCGCCAAAGAAAACAGUCGCGAGGCAAUGCAGAUAGUCGAAUACUUGGUACGCGUUCGACGAGAGACGCCCAACCUUCGCUUAUACUCCAUUUCUAUCCUCGCCAAUGUCCAUCCUACCGAAGGCUCUGCAAGAAGCGUCGCUCGUCUGCUGGCUGAGAUGGAGGAUGAAGGGUUACAGAUGAACGUCCAAAUCUGUCACGACGCACUUCGUGUGCUGAGUGUUCACAUGGACUACUUGCUGCGCAUCGACAUCCUACAAUACAUGCGCCGUCAAUGGCUGCAGCUCACUACCGAGGGUUAUCACUGGGUCGGCGCUGCCCUGUUCCGCGAAGGCCAGCUUGAGAUGGGUCGCAAUCACCUCGAAGAAAUGCGAAAGGACAAUGUGCCAAUCCAAGGCUGGCUCUACGACAUUGCUCUGUACACCAUGCUCGAAAUGAAGGAGUUCGAUGAAGCCUUACUCAUAGUCAAGGACCGUGUUGCCGCCAACGACUGGAUCGCCAAUCGAAACAUCUGGGCUCACAUGCUCGACUGCUCAGCAGCCUUCUUCCACCAUCCUAGCACAGUCUAUGUCUGGAACAGCCAAGUCAUCCCGGGCUAUCUAAUACCUUCAUCUGGGACAUGUCUGAAUGUCCUGACCACAGCUGCUCGCAAGGGCGACGCUGCUCUCGCUACAUCCGUCUUCCACGUCCUGGGCAAACGCAGCACAACCUUUCGACAGAUUCAUUACGACCAACUCUUGACCACAUACAUGUCUGCAUCACCACCCGACCUCCAUGCCGCCUUUACCGUUCUCACCAUCAUGGCAAAUGUGAAGAUCCCUCCAACCUCUGUAUCUACCCGGCCCAUCUUUACACACCUUGUUCGCAAUCCUUCCGAAUGCACAACCGCCUUUGACAUCAUAACCUCUCUCCACGAAAGCGGUCGAGAAAUUCCUAUCGCGGCUUUGAAUGUGCUGAUGGAAGGCUUUGUCGAAUCAGGCCAACUUGAGCAAGCCCUUGUGACGUACAAACACAUGCAUCUCUACGAACGCCUUGCCGUGGACAGACACGGCAAACCCAUCCGUCGUAGUGGUUCCUACAGCAACCUCGAAACCUUUAACGUCCUCCUUCGCGGCGUAGCAAAACCUAACAGCCAACAGGCUUACGACUUGGCCAUGUUUCUGGUCUCUGAGAUGCUGGAGCUAGGUGUUCAACCAAACGCUCUUGUGUACGAACGUCUGGUACUCAUCUGUGUCCAUGACGCGAAGCUCGACCACGCGUACCGUUACUUUGACGAGAUGGACGAGUUGGGCUUCAUUCCUAGACCAUUUACAGCCGGAGUGUUGGCUGAGUCUUUAGCGGAGAGAGCAGACAAUAGGUUCUGGGAAGUCCUGCAAAGAAUGCAGGACAGAGGGGCUGGACUGGCGGAGAAUAAGAAGGAAUUCUUGCAACGAACAUUCUCCAAGGCUAUGAAAGACAAGGAAGGUGAACUUCUGGACACGGCAGUGUAG